AUGCUUCACGCUUCGUCGGCGGCGACACCUCAGCGCAGCUUCGAGUUGGUGGUGGGAGCGAGCGACCUUGCCGUGGUGCAGCUCCCCAGCUCGUCGACUGUGCCCCAGUGGGCACUCUCAGGCGACAAGUCCUUCCUUUCCAUGACCUACACCAAGGAGGAGCUCUCCCUCGUCGUCAACCAGGCCUCCAUCCCCAAGGACUUCAGUGAGGGCAAGGUGGAGGGCGGCUGGCGAGCAUUGAAGGUGGCCGGUCCGUUGGACUUUGAGCUGGUGGGCAUCCUGGCGUCGCUGGCAGUGCCGCUGGCCCGAAGCGGGGUGAGCAUCUUUGCGGUGUCCACCUACAACACGGACUACGUGCUGGUCAAGGCGAGCCUGCUCGACCGCGCCGCUCGGACCCUAAGAGAGCACGGGCACGAGAUCACCUACGAGGGCGAGAAGCCUGACCAGCCGCACUGGUGA